AAGCCUCCAUUUCCUGUUGUAUGAAUAGAGAGGUCAUAGUGAUGACACCUUCCCUGGGCUAGAAGGACUAUCGAUAUGCAAAUGUCCAAUGUCCCCCUGUGGAACUGGGAGAAGGUUGUGUCUGAAGUGCACAACUGCUCUUCCGGUCCCAGGCUCUUCCGGAGCCGCUGGUUAUAGUUCCGACCCAGCCGAGUCCGAGAACCACACCACACACAACCAAUCCCGAAAACGGCGCAGAAAUGGUAUCAAGAAACCCCAGUCACAAAGAUAUGAAUCUCUUAAGGGGGUGGACCCCACGUUCCUGAGGAACAUGCGCUUUACCAAGAAGCACAACAAGAAAGGCCUGAAGAAGAUGCAGGCCAACAACGCAAAGGCAGCCAGUGUGCAUGCAGAGGCCAUCAAGGCCCUGGUGAAGCCCAAGAUGCCAAAGGGCCCCAGCCGCAAGCUCAGCCGUCCUGCUUUCAUCGCUUGCCCCAAGCUCGGGAAGCAGAUUAGAAGCUACCUGGCCAAGGGUCAUAGGCUCUGCCAACCAAAGCCCAAGGCUCAAACCAAGGCAGAGGGCUCAGCUCCAGCUCAGGCUCCCAAAGGAGCCCAGGCCCCUGUGAAGGCCACAUAGAAAAGGUUUCUGUCUACCAAUGUGAAGACAGAUGGACUGGUGUGAUGCACCUACACACUAUUUGCAGGUGAUCAGGACCCCAUGCUGUUUUUACAAAUAAAACAGGCAGAAUCUGUUUAAAAAAAAAGAAAGAUAAAAAAAAAAAAGAAAAAGGAAUGCACAACCACACCCCCUGGUGCUGUUGUCGCCCUUGUUUCUCUUCUUCCUUUCAAAUACCCAACAA